ACCCUAAAUCCCCAAUCUCCCCAAUCUCGUUCGCACAGCACUGGGAGAAGACAAGGAAGAAGAAGAGGCGAGGAAGAGGAGGUACGGAGAAGGAGGAUGUACUUAUAUAGCUUGACGCUGCAGAGGGCGGGUGGGAUUGUGUGCGCUACCAAUGGGAACUUCGUCGGCGGCAAGACUCAGGAAAUCGUGGUGGCUCGGGGCAAAAACCUGGAUCUCCUCCGUCCCGACGAAUCCGGUAAGCUGCAGACCCUUCUGUCCGUCGAUGUCUUCGGCGCCAUCCGCUCGCUCGCCCAGUUCCGGCUCACCGGUUCCCAGAAAGACUACCUUGUAGUUGGCUCUGACUCCGGCCGCCUCGUUAUCCUCGAGUACUCCCGCGAGCACAAUAUGUUCCACAAGGUUCACCAGGAGACGUUCGGCAAAUCUGGCUGCCGCAGGAUCGUCCCCGGCCAGUUCCUCGCUGUCGACCCCAAGGGUCGCGCUGUCAUGGUUGCUGCCUGCGAGAAGCAGAAGCUUGUCUACGUCCUCAACCGUGAUGCUGCCGCCCGCCUCACGAUCUCCUCCCCCCUCGAGGCCCACAAGUCUCACACUAUCACCUACUCGGUUGUCGGGGUCGACUGCGGCUUCGAUAAUCCCAUCUUUGCCUCCAUCGAGUUAGAUUACUCCGAGUCUGAUCUUGACCCGACCGGACAGGCUGCCGCAGACGCUCAGAAGCACCUCACAUUCUAUGAGCUUGACCUUGGCCUCAACCAUGUCUCUCGCAAGUGGUCCGAACCUGUUGACAAUGGUGCAAAUCUCCUCGUUACUGUGCCGGGUGGUGGUGAUGGCCCCAGCGGUGUCCUUGUAUGUGCCGAGAAUUUCGUUAUCUACAAGAACCAAGGCCACCCAGAUGUCCGUGCUGUCAUUCCUCGCCAUACUGACCUCCCUGCUGAGCGUGGAGUACUUGUGGUUUCUGCUGCCACCCACCGCCAAAAGUCCAUGUUCUUCUUCUUACUGCAGACCGAGUAUGGGGACAUCUUCAAGGUCACUCUUGAGCAUGAGGGCGACCGGGUAACUGAGCUCAAGAUUAAGUAUUUUGACACCAUUCCUGUCACCACUUCCAUGUGCGUCCUGAAGACUGGCUUUCUGUUUGCAGCUUCCGAGUUUGGCAACCAUGCCCUCUAUCAGUUCCAGGCCAUUGGUGAGGCUGAGGAUAUUGAAGCUUCAUCUGCCACUCUGAUGGAGACCGACGAGGGAUUCCAACCGGUCUUCUUCCAGCCACGUGGCUUAAAGAACCUAGUCCGGAUUGACCUUGUUGAAAGUCUCAUGCCCAUCAUGGACAUGAAGAUACUGAAUCUCUUUGAGGAAGAAACUCCUCAGGUAUUCACACUCUGUGGUAGGGGCCCACGCUCAUCGCUGCGCAUUUUAAGGCCAGGUUUGGCAAUCAAUGAGAUGGCAGUGUCACAACUUCCAGGCACACCCAGUGCAGUCUGGACUGUGAAGAAGAAUAUCAAUGAUGAAUUUGAUGCUUACAUUGUCGUCUCUUUUGUGAAUGCCACACUUGUGCUCUCCAUUGGUGAGACCAUUGAAGAAGUCAGUGAUAGUGGGUUUCUUGACACUACACCUUCACUUUCUGUCUCUUUGCUAGGAGAUGAAUCUCUAAUGCAGGUCCAUCCCAAUGGAAUUAGGCAUAUCAGAGAGGAUGGCCGUAUCAAUGAGUGGAAGACACCUGGUAAGAAGACCAUUGUGAAGGUUGGCUCCAACAGGCUCCAGGUGGUUAUUGCUCUGAGCGGAGGGGAACUUAUCUAUUUUGAGAUGGACUUGACUGGACAAUUGAUGGAGGUGGAGAAGCAUGAGAUGCCUGGGGAUGUGGCGUGCUUAGAUAUUGCACCAGUUCCAGAGGGCAGGCAGAGAUCUCGUUUCCUUGCAGUUGGAUCUUAUGAUAACACAAUAAGGAUUCUGUCAUUGGAUCCUGAUGACUGUAUGCAGAUCUUGAGUGUUCAGAGUGUGUCUUCACCACCUGAGUCACUCCUAUUGCUUGAGGUAAUGGCUUCCACUGGAGGAGAGGAUGGAGCUGAUCAUCCUGCCAGUGUUUUUCUUAAUGCUGGUUUGCAGAAUGGUGUUCUCUUCCGGACAGUUGUUGAUAUGGUCACUGGUCAGCUCUCUGAUACCCGAUCCCGGUUCUUAGGAUUGAGAGCUCCCAAGCUAUUCUCAGCUACUGUAAGAGGCCGACAAGCUAUGCUUUGCUUGUCCAGUAGGCCUUGGCUUGGUUAUAUUCAUCAAGGUCACUUUUUGCUGACUCCUCUCUCAUAUGAGGCUCUUGAAUAUGCUGCAUCUUUUUCUUCUGAUCAAUGUGCUGAAGGAGUUGUUGCAGUGGCAAAUGAAGCUCUGAGAAUUUUCACAGUUGAGCGACUGGGAGAGACAUUCAAUGAGACAGUUGUACCUUUGCGAUAUACUCCUAGGAAAUUUGUGCUGCUGCCCAAGCGCAAGCAUUUAAUUGUCAUUGAGAGUGAUCAAGGGGCAUUUACUGCAGAAGAGCGAGAAGCUGCUCGGAAGGAAUGCUUGGAAGCUGCUGGGAUGGGCGAAAAUGGAAAUGCAAAUAAUGGUGAACAGAUGGAAAAUGGUGAUGGUGAUGAUGAGAAGGAGGAUGCUCUUCCAGAUGAGCAAUAUGGCUAUCCAAAGGCAGAAUCAGAUAGGUGGGCCUCUUGCAUCAGAGUUCUUGAUCCCAAAACAGGAAAUACAACUUGUCUGUUGGAGCUUCAAGACAAUGAAGCUGCAUUUAGCAUUUGUACUGUGAACUUCCAUGAUAAGGAGUAUGGGACACUUUUGGCUGUUGGAACUGCAAAAGGAUUACAAUUCUGGCCUAAAAGAACUGUUGCUGCUGGGUUCAUUCACAUAUAUAGAUUUGUUGAGGAAGGAAAAUCUCUUGAGCUUUUGCACAAGACACAAGUAGAGGGAGUUCCACUUGCUUUGCACCAGUUUCAGGGGAGACUCCUUGCAGGUAUUGGUCCAGUACUCAGAUUGUAUGACCUAGGAAAAAGGAGGUUGCUCAGAAAAUGCGAAAACAAGCUCUUUCCCCACACUAUUGUUUCUAUCAAUACAUAUCGUGAUAGGAUUUAUGUUGGUGAUAUCCAGGAGUCAUUUCAUUACUGCAAGUACAGAAGGGAUGAAAACCAACUUUACAUAUUUGCGGAUGAUUCUGUCCCAAGGUGGCUCACUGCAGCACAUCACAUAGAUUUUGACACCAUGGCUGGAGCUGACAAGUUUGGAAACAUAUACUUUGUUCGACUGCCACAAGAUUUAUCAGAUGAGAUCGAGGAAGAUCCCACAGGAGGUAAAAUAAAGUGGGAGCAAGGGAAAUUGAAUGGUGCUCCUAAUAAAGUCGAGGAGAUUGUGCAGUUUCAUAUAGGAGAUGUUGUGACAUGCUUGCAAAAGGCCUCUUUGAUACCUGGAGGAGGUGAAUGUGUUAUAUAUGGGACUGUGAUGGGAAGUGUAGGUGCAUUACUUCCAUUUAUCUCCAGAGAAGAUGUGGAUUUCUUUUCCCACUUGGAAAUGCACAUGAGGCAAGAACAUCCGCCUUUGUGUGGUAGGGAUCAUAUGGCCUUCAGAUCUGCUUAUUUCCCUGUCAAGGAUGUAAUUGAUGGUGAUCUAUGUGAGCAGUUCCCAACUCUUCCUCCUGAUUUGCAGAGGAAGAUUGCUGAUGAACUUGAUAGAACUCCAGGAGAAAUAUUGAAGAAACUUGAAGAUGCCAGAAACAAAAUCAUUUAAAAGCAAUGCAUCAAUGAGGCGAGCAAGGAUUAUAGCUAGGCCAGUUUUCGAGUUCCUGCUUGAAGAGACCAUUUGAGUUCCUACUUGUAGGUAAUGGUGCCUCCGUCGUGUUGUAUUAGGAAUCCUACUUUUACCAACCAAGUUGAACUAGAUCAGUAGGCUGAUAUAUAUUUAUAUUUUUCCGUUGUUGUUU